GUCAUCUGGUUGUCGGGCUCAGUAUGGGAUGUUGGGUAUUCAGGUGAUUGGACGGGCUCACGUUGGCUCAGUUAAGUUAGAAGUCCAGGUGUUUGCGAACUAACUAGCAAUAGCGACAACAGAAUUAUCGAUGUUUCAACAUAGAAAAUACGUUUUGUUUGCUGCCAUUACUCUGCUGUUUAUUCAAUGCUGCACAGCAGGAAACAUUACGCACUUGAUUGUUCCUCGUUGGGUACGAAAUGGUACAGAAGAUAGAGUAUUAUUGGACUGUCAAUACGAUUAUUCGUUGAACGAAGAAAAGUUCGUACUAAAAUGGUACUUUAACAACGAUCGUCAGGCUGCCUAUCAGUGGAUACCAAAUCUAAAUUCGAGGUCAUUCUCUAAUCAGUUCAAACCAUUCGCCGAUUGGGAGCAUUAUUUAAAAGAUGCCGAUAAAUUUAACAAGUAUAGGCAAGUCAUACUCAAACGCCCGACAACGGAAUUUACUGGAGAAUACAAGUGUCAUGUGACUUCGAAACAGCAUACCGAUGAAAAAACGGCGUACAUGACCGUAUACGGUAAGUUACGUAAAUUAUAAAUUGGUAAAAAUCCAAUUAAAAUAAGGUAUCUGUUACGCGACACCGCAAUUAGUAGCGCCGUAUUGAUUGCAUUUACACAGUGAUGCAUAGGUUAAGCAAGGUAUAACUUAGGACCUUCAAGCUAAUAGGGCCUUGAUCCAUUUUCAAAAAAAUUAAUACAGUAAAACCUGUUUAAAUCGGAAAUCUGCCAAACCGGAAAGGAUAUUCGGCGAUUCCGAUUUACACAAGUUUUGCUGUAUUUAUAAUCCAUUAUUAUUUGGUAGCGGAGAAAGAGCCCGUUGUAUGUUAAGGUGUUUAAGGCCCGAAUAUGCCAAUAAAUCCAGCCAAUAGGGGGUGGAUAGGGUC